CGAGCCUUCAUCACCUCCCGGUCGAUGGUCGUUGAGGAAGCUUCCAUCUUGAGUCGCGCUUCUACCGACGGAACCAUGGCGAGCGACUCCCCGGCGCGGAGUCUGGAUGAGAUAGACCUGUCUGCACUACGGGACCCGGCUGGGAUCUUUGAGCUGGUCGAACUGGUUGGAAACGGCACCUAUGGGCAGGUCUACAAGGGUCGCCAUGUCAAAACAGGCCAGCUUGCUGCCAUCAAGGUCAUGGACGUCACCGGAGAUGAGGAAGAGGAGAUUAAAGCUGAGAUUAACAUGCUGAAGAAGUACAGUCACCACAGGAACAUUGCGACCUAUUAUGGCGCCUUCAUCAAGAAGAACCCUCCAGGAAUGGACGACCAGCUAUGGCUGGUGAUGGAGUUCUGUGGAGCCGGAUCCGUGACGGACCUGAUCAAAAACACCAAAGGAAACUCCCUGAAGGAGGAGUGGAUCGCCUACAUCUGCAGGGAGAUCCUCAGGGGAUUAACCCAUCUCCACCAGCACAAAGUCAUCCACAGAGACAUAAAGGGGCAGAACGUGCUGCUGACGGAGAACGCAGAGGUUAAGCUGGUGGACUUUGGAGUGAGCGCCCAGCUGGACCGGACGGUGGGGCGAAGGAACACGUUCAUCGGGACGCCGUACUGGAUGGCCCCGGAGGUCAUCGCCUGCGAUGAGAACCCGGACGCCACAUACGACUUCAAGAGUGAUCUGUGGUCGCUCGGCAUCACAGCCAUAGAGAUGGCAGAGGGAGCUCCACCUCUGUGCGACAUGCAUCCGAUGAGAGCGCUCUUCCUCAUCCCCAGAAACCCUGCGCCGAGACUCAAGUCAAAGAAGUGGUCCAAGAAGUUCCAGUCGUUCAUCGAGAGCUGCCUGGUGAAGAGUCACAGCCAGCGGCCGAGCACCGAGCAGCUGCUGAAGCACCCCUACAUCAGAGACCUGCCCAACGAGCGCCAGGUCCGCAUCCAGCUGAAGGACCACAUCGACCGGACCAAGAAGAGGCGGGGAGAGAGAGAUGAGACGGAGUAUGAGUACAGCGGGAGCGAGGAAGAGGAUGAAGAGCGAGACAUCGGAGAGCCCAGCUCAAUCAUCAACAUUCCCGGAGAGUCGACUCUGAGGCGGGACUUCCUGCGCCUCCAGCUGGCCAAUAAGGAGCGCUCGGAGCUGAUCCGGCGCCAGCAGCUGGAGCAGCAGCAGAACGAGGAGCACAAGCGCCAACUACUGGCAGAGAGGCAGAAACGCAUCGAGGAGCAGAAGGAGCAGCGGCGGCGGCUAGAGGAGCAGCAGCGCCGGGAGCGGGAGCUGAGGAAGCAGCAGGAGCGGGACCAAAGGAGGCGCUACGAGGAGAUGGAGCAGCUCCGCCGGGAGGAGGAGAGGAGGCACGCAGAGAGAGAGCAGGAGUAUAUCCGUAGACAGCUGGAGGAGGAGCAGAGGCAGCUGGAGAUCCUGCAGCAGCAGCUCCUGCAGGAGCAAGCCUUACUGCUGGAGUACAAGAGGAAGCAGAUCGAGGAGCAGCGGCAGGCGGAGCGGCUGCAGCGCCAGCUGCAGCACGAGCGCGCCUACCUGGUGUCGCUGCAGCAGCAGCAGGAGCCGCCGCGGCCGCCGCAGGACAAGACGCAGCUGUACCACUACAAGGACCAGGCACCGAGCAGCAACGACAAGCCCGCCUGGGCCAAAGAGGUGAUGCGCCGCGCUCAGAGCAACUCGCCUCGCAUCCCGGCCAAGAAGUACCACUCCUUCAUGGAGACGCGGGACGUCAACCUGGACAACCUGCUGCUGUUGCCGGGAUACCGGCCGCCCAGUUCCCGCCCCCCGUCCUACCCGGUCCAUGUCAGCCCGUGCAGGGACCACCCGAACCAGCCCAGGAUCCGGAUCACCUGCCUGCCGGAGCCGGAGCCGGAGCCGGCCAUGGGUCCCGGCAGGAGCCCCAUGAGGCAGCCGGACUCCAGGGGCCGGAGCCCCGCCCGCCGGGUCUACUCACACCCGCUAACUCUGGCCGCCGUGGCUCACAUGGUGGAGGAGCAUUAUAAGAUGAACAGACAGGAUUCUCCUGCGUUGCAGCAUAAAGUCUCCAACCGGAUCUCCGACCCGGCCCUGCCCCCCCGAUCCGAGUCCUUCAGCAGCGGAGGGAUCCAGCAGGCCAGGACGCCGCCCAUGCACCGCUCUGUAGAGCCACAGAUGGCUCACCUGGUGCAGGUGAAGAGUCACGGCCUGUCGGGCUCCCAGUCCCUGUACGACCCCCACGGCGUGUCCUCUGCCUCCGCCUCGCCCUCCCCCUCCCGGCCCCCCAUGCCCCGGCAGAACUCCGACCCCACGUCCGACACCCCCCCUCCCCCGCCGCUGUCCCGCCUGGCGCCCCCCCUCGACAAGCUGGACCGCAGCUCCUGGCUGCGGCAGGACGACGACAUGCCGCCCAAGGUUCCUCAGCGGACCACCUCCAUCUCCCCGGCUCUGGUCCGGAAGAACUCUCCAGGAAACGGACCGGGCCUCGGCCCGCGGGCCGGAGCUCACCUCAUCCGGGCCAGCAACCCUGACCUGAGGAGGACCGACAUCUCCAUGGAAACGCCUCUGAAGAGGACGAGCAGCGGCAGCUCCUCCAGCUCCAGCACCCCGAGCUCCAAGGGAGGCUCCAACGAGAGAGGUAACUCCACUGCUAAGACGGACGGCUCCACGCUUUCCUCCCACGACGCUAAAGACGACAGCAGAGAGCCGACCCGGCCCAGCCGGCCCGCGAGUUAUAAGAAAGCUUUAGACGAGGAGGAGUUGGACCUGACGGCUCUGGCCAAAGAGCUGAGAGAGCUGCGGCAGGGAGAGGAGACCAGCCGACCGCCGGUCAAGGUCACGGACUACUCUUCAUCCAGCGAGGAGUCGCACAGCAGCGAGGAUGAGGAGGGAGAGGGCGGGGCUAACGACGGAUCGGUGGCCGUUAGCGACAUACCGCGGAUUAUGCCUCCAUCGAGUCAGAGCACCAACGAGUCCUUCGGCGGGAUGGGAGGCCAUAACGACGCCCACGGUGACCCGUACGGAGACAGCACGCAGGACAGCACACUCAUGAUGCGGGAGUACGGGAUGGGAGGCAGCGGCGGCUCCAAGGCGUCCUUCACGCCGUUCGUUGACCCCCGGGUGUACGGGACUUCGCCGACUGAAGACGAUGAGAAAAACUCUGCUGCAGCGCUGUUUGCUGAUGAGCUGCUGAAACAGGAGCAGGAGCAGGCGAGGCUCAACGAGGCCCGGAAGAUCUCGGUGGUCAACGUGAACCCGACCAACAUCCGGCCGCACAGCGACACGCCUGAGAUCAGAAAAUACAAGAAACGCUUCAACUCUGAGAUCCUCUGCGCUGCGCUGUGGGGAGUGAAUCUGCUGGUGGGGACAGAAAACGGCCUAAUGCUGCUGGACCGGAGCGGCCAGGGAAAAGUUUACAACCUGAUUAACCGAAGACGCUUCCAGCAGAUGGACGUCCUGGAGGGACUCAACGUCCUGGUCACCAUCUCAGGGAAGAAGAACAAGCUGCGAGUUUACUACCUGUCGUGGCUGAGGAACAGGAUAUUACACAACGACCCGGAGGUGGAGAAGAAGCAGGGCUGGAUCACAGUGGGGGAGCUGGAGGGCUGCGUGCACUAUAAAGUCGUGAAAUAUGAGAGGAUUAAAUUCCUGGUGAUCGCUCUGAAAAACUCAGUGGAAAUCUACGCCUGGGCACCAAAACCUUACCAUAAAUUUAUGGCCUUUAAGUCUUUCACCGACCUGCAACAUCGCCCCCUGCUGGUGGAUUUAACUGUGGAGGAGGGCCAAAGGUUAAAGGUCAUCUAUGGCUCCACUGUAGGUUUCCAUGUGAUUGAUGUGGAUUCUGGAAACCCUUAUGACAUCUACAUCCCCUCACAUAUCCAGGGUCAGGUGACCCCGCACGCCAUCGUGGUCCUGCCCAAGACGGACGGCAUGGAGAUGCUGCUGUGCUACGAGGACGAGGGCGUCUACGUCAACACCUACGGCCGAAUCACCAAAGACGUGGUGCUGCAGUGGGGCGAGAUGCCCACAUCCGUCGCCUACAUCCACUCCAACCAGAUCAUGGGCUGGGGGGAGAAGGCCAUCGAGAUCCGGUCCGUGGAGACGGGUCACCUCGACGGCGUUUUCAUGCACAAACGAGCUCAACGCCUCAAGUUCUUGACAGAGAGAAACGACAAAGUUUUCUUCGCCUCGGUCCGCUCUGGAGGCAGCAGUCAGGUUUUCUUCAUGACCCUGAACAGAAGCUCCAUGAUGAACUGGUAACCUGCCCCGCCCCCCGCUGGGAGCCACGCCCCUUCGCCGGAGGGACGAAGGAGGACGGUGUUUGUGCGUGUUUAUAUGUGUGUGUUUACUCAUGGACGACAACAACAACAAGCUGCUGACUGGACUGCACAUCUGGAGGAAGUGUUCAACCACAGCAGAGCGUCCCUGCAUCCUCAGGCUGUAGGGGGCGCUGCAGGUCCUGUGGUUGGUGUGACCGCCUGCAGAGCGAAGGUGACCCUACAAGGUCGGCGCUUUGGCCUGUGGGCCGGACUGAGGGUGGAUCUGGAGCCUUUAAGGACCUGACCAGUAGCCUUUGAGUGGGGAAGCUCUUUGUGUAGCACAUCAGUGACUUUCAUCCAGGGUGUUCACACUGCGAGUCCACAGGCCGGCCUGCUGCAGCGAAACCCCACGGCUGUAGUUUAGUGAGGAAGCAAAGUAGCAUUAGACAAAACAAACACCUGAUCAUAAAUGCACACAAUUUUAAGAUUGUUUUCGUCUCACGAAGCCAGGAUGAUUUAUUAUUUCUGUUUUAUUAGAUUUUGUCUGAAUUGCUCACAUGUGGGAACAGAAACACGGAGCCUGCUGGGAGAAAAAAUCCUUUUUGUUUCACUUUUAGGAAUAGAAAUGCACAACUUUAAGAAGCAACAAACAAAACGCACCAGAAUAUGAAAUGAUUCGGAUUCUGGGCGCUUCCUCAUCAAAUCUGACAAUCUUAAAGGGACAGAACAGGAAACCUUUGACCCUAACACAAAAAGAACGUCACAACUUUUCACUGUUUCAGCGAUUAUAUAAAACCUGCAGCAACUUUUCAAUCUGAACUCUGUAAGAACACAAAAUCUAGUUUCUACUGCAAAUAUCUUAGAAAACUUUAAAUAAUAUAAAACCAACUUACAAGUCAAUUUUCAGCAAGAAAUAUCGGCUUUUUAAUUGAUAUAAUACCUUAAUAAUCCAGUUCCACUGACAGAUUAUUUCACUUGUAACAUUUUCCCCAUGUUAUAAAUAAAAUAAUUUACCAAUGAAACUAGAACUUUUCCAUCAAUAUUAAUGAAUUUCUGGCUCCUAUUUCAUCCUGAAGAGUCACUUGAAGUUAGUUUGGUCUUAUUUUCAGUUUAUUAGGAUAUUUACACUAAAAACUCGACAAAAUUACUUUGUAAGGUUUGAAUGUGAAUAUAAAAACGAAGCACAGUUCACUGAUGAAAUGAUCAACUUUUAAUGCACAUCUUCCAACACAUCAGCUUGACGCUGCCGCGCUAAAUUUAACGAGCUAAACUCAAAAUACUGUCAGGCAUCAGGUGGAACAUCUGAGACUUUAAAACAGUUCGGCGACUUCCCAGCUUGAAAAUCAAAACAAUCAAUAAAUUAAUAAUCAUAAAAUAUAAAACAUGGAGUGUGACAAGUCCUGCUGGCUGCAAAUAAACUAUUUACUCUUUAUUAGAUCAAACAUUUCAUGAUAGUUUCUGAUUACAUGAGACGUGAUAUAUUAUCACCUUUUAUUGCUUGUUUUCCCUCUUGAAGCAAAUUAAGUUUAUUUCCAAAAUAAAAUUUUUGUUUCCAAAGACGUUGGACCUGAAUAAAGUGAACAACUGAUUUCUAACAGCUUUGCACAGUUUAAAGCACUGACAUGUUGCAUUAAUGAGCCAUAUUUUUCUUAUUAACCUCAUUUUUAAAUAUGUUUUGUGUACAUAUAUAAAAACACAACAAAAUUAGCUGCCAAACAGUUAGAAAUAAUCCUCCCAAACAAGCUUUCUGUUUCUUUGAGUGGUUUUCUUGACUGUCUUAGUAAAUAUAUCAGAUUACGUUUCAUGGUUUUUAUUUCUUCAUGAUGCAACACAGAAACUAGUGAAAAAGCGUCAGUAGGAGGUGAAACACCCAGCGGCGCUCCGUCGCUCCUCUGAGAUGCUCUGAGCUCACAGUGUGAACACUCGCUUUGAGUGAUGCUGCUGGACGUCCGACGGCUCCCAGAAAAUACCAAUAAUCCUUCAAACAAGCAACGACUGUCAGAGGGAGGGAGGAGAGACGUCACCCGUCGCUGCAGCAGCUGCUGCAGCUGUUUGGCUCCUGACAGGAGAAGGAAGCUUGUAGAUAUUGUACUUUUGCUGCAGCAGCAACACAAUAACAGAAAUCUUCUCGUCUUUUCUCACUGGAAGAACUCGUCCGUAGAAUAGUUGCAAACUUCUGGAAGGUGUUAUUUCUCCUGCCUUGUGUUAAAACCACGUUUUAUUUUCUGUCUUUCUGCUUGUUCUCCACUUUUGUAAAUACUCACACGGCUGUUUAAAAGCAGACAAAAACAAAAAGGGUUUUAUGAGAUUUGUUUUUAUUUCAUCCCUCCUUAAGUCAUUAUAACCUGGGACAUUUUUCUGAACAUUUCCAGGAACUAAAUGAGUUUUAUUUUGUUCAUUCAUGGCUGUUUAUUUAGUUAGCAUGAAGACAUACAUGUUGAAGCAUCUUCACUUGUUGGUUUUACAAUAGAAGAUGGAGAAAACCCUGAAAAAUGUUAGCAUUUUGUGUUUUUUUGGUUGAAUAACAGGAUUGUACACUGGAGAAUUAUACAUCUUGGUGACAUUUAUUAUUAAUUUAGGUAUGUAAAAACCAAGCAGGUGCGUAGAUUGUGACUGUAAACGCUGGGAUCAUGAGAGAAAACUGUUUCAUCUUUUACUUUAUUUCCGUUUAGUUGAUGGAAAGUCUUAAAGGAUGUGAUGAACGCGGCGCAGACGCAGGUUGAGGCCAGCUGAGGCCUUUCAAAUGUGCAGGACGUUAGAGUUGAUCAUCAACCUGUGAAUAAAGAGCAGGAGGCAAAGAAUCAAUAGAUUAAAAGAUAUUUAUACUGUAAUAAUUUACAUGAUGAUAAUAUCUUACUGAUCAUUUUAGAGGACAUAAAUAAUGUUCACUUAUCGAAGCUUAGUUGUCUUUCUACAAAAUAGAGAACAUAGCGAAUACUGUAAGAAUUUCUAAAAAAAAUACAAUGUUUUUAUCGUGAUAUUAUUUGUAUUUCAAUUUUUUGUAUCAAGACUGUGAACGUGUGCGACUGUGUGUGAGUGUGCAGGUGUGUGCACGGGUGUGUGACAUGCAUGUGAGCGUAUGUUUUCACCUCGCCUGAAUCACUGGGAUCAGUCAGAAGACGACCGCCGUCUGGCAACGCACAUCUGUGAUGUUUGGAAAUCUACAAUAAAUGUCCUCUCCUUGUACAGCAGAAA